AUGGUUGGAGUCGGAGGAAGAUCGAAGGCCUGUGACAACUGCCGUCGUCGGCGCGUUAAAUGCGACGAGAGGAAGCCAAAAUGUGAGAGGUGUGCUAAAGCUAAGCUUGAGUGCGGGGGCUAUCAGGAAAUGACAAUUAUUCAAUUUGAUGGUCGCCAGCGAAGGAAAUUAUCACCAUCGCUUGAUUCAAAUAUUUCGGCAACUACGCGUUCGGCUUUAUUGCCGAUAAAGGAGUUUGUGAGAUCAGACUGGACUCUUGGGGCACAUCUUCCUAUAUGUACAGAUGACAUCUUCGUCGAGUAUACACGGUCACGGCUAUUGCAGGGUCAGGAAGUGGAUGAUCCUGUUGUCCUCCCAUCAACAGUGGAUCGGCCCUUGGUCCAAAAAUCGUUUCUCGCACUUUCCACGACCUUCUUUGGCUUGGAGCACAAGGAAAAGGAGCUAGUUAGCCAGGGGUUCCGUCGGUAUGGGGUUGCCCUUGAAUAUCUUCGUCAGGCUGUUGGUGACCCAUCGCGUUAUACGUCGUUUGAUCUCAUCGAAUCUAUUAUGGUAAUGUCGCUAUUCGAGUUCCUUAUAUCCGAAAAUGAGAAUGGCUGGAUUAGCCACGCUCUUGGUCUUGAAAAGAUCAUGGCCCUACGUGGGCCAGAGUCGUUUAAAAAAUACCCGGAGAUAAUAAUGCUGCAGAAUUCACGAAUGUGCAUUAUUCUAGCUUCCAUUCUUUUGCGAAGACGUACUAUUCUGUCCCAGCCGGAAUGGAAAUCGAUUCCAUGGUCUCUGGAGCCACAAGCAAAGUCCGGCAUGCAGUUUUUAGUUGAUAUAUUGGCCGAUUUUCCCGAACUCUUUGUUGAAAAGGAGGAUAUAGUUUCUAAUAAUUCCUUCGAUUACCGUGUUAUGAAAUGGGGCCAUCUGCGCUCUAAAGUCGACCAUGUCUUACACCAACUCGCUGACUGGGAGCAGGAUUGGAAUAUGAAGAACCCAGGUUGUUGCCGUCAGGUCCCAGCUCCGCCCACAACACCGACUGUUAUAAAUGCUUUGGGUCUCUCUAUACCAGCGUGGGAAACCAUCAUAGAGUAUGAAUCAUUAUACCAUGCCAACACGGUCAUUGUUUACAAUGCGACUUUGAUAAUGGCACAAAGGCUAGCGCAAACAAUUGCAUUUUCUGGCGAGCUACAUCACCCGUCGGCACUGAAUGCUGCCGAACUUUCAGAUCGAAAUCUUGCUGCUGGUCUGAUUAUAUGUCGUAGCAUCGAAUACCAUCUAGAAAGCAUGCGAAAAGGGGCUGGCAGUUUUUUCCUAUUAUUUCCCUUGCGCAUGGCACACGACGCUAUUGGAAAUUCGAAUUCGAUUAUUGGUGCAUGGCUGCAGGAUGUUUUACAGGAAAUUCAAGAUGGGAAGAGUGGUAGAUGGGCAACUGCAAAAUAUUUACUGGACCUUCAACCACAGCUAAACGGGAAGAAAGCAACUGGUAUCUAA